UCAUUAAAAAGAGGAUAUUAUGGAGCUCAUCAUCAAAGUCCUGAGUGGGGAAACAAAGACCGUGCAAGUGAAUCCAGGUGACACGAUUGGUGCACUCAAGCAAAAAGUCGCCCAAAUCUUUAAUGCAAGACCUUCACGGCUGAAGCUUUCUGUCACCAAUGGGUGUGUCGUGCAGCUGGACAAUGACCAGGAGACUGUGAGCAGUUAUGGUCUGAGUUCAGGGGCCACGGUGAUGCUGCUGAUCUCCAUGACUCCCGUGCCACUUCAAGUGUUUGUGAAGAAUGAGAAGGGACAGAUGAAGACAUAUGACAUCACUGACGAUGAAACUGUUGAUCAGUUGAUGAAAAAGGUACGCCAAAAUGGAGGAGCACCAGAGGACCAGCAGCGGCUGAUCUACAGCGGUCGACAGCUCGAAUCUGGCAGGAAGCUGCAGGAUUACGGCAUUGUUUCUGGAAGCACCAUUCAUAUGACCCUCCGUCUACGUGGAGGCUGAUGGGCCAGAAACACUUGGAGAUCAUUUUAGCCUAAAAAAUAAUUUAAUGUGAUUCCUUUUGUAAUGUCUGUUACUUUCUAAUUGCACUAAAUUUAUUCUCAUUUUCGGAUAGUUUUUUUUUCAGUCAUUUUCUGCAGUAUUCUUUCUUAUUCCAGUAUUUCCAAUAUUCAUUCAAUUAUAUUACAUUUGCUUGCUUCAACAGUUACAUUUUUGCGUUUAGAAUAUUUAAUUAGCACAUAGUAGAAAUAAUUUAAUUUAAUAUAUAUAUUUUUUUUAUUUUUAUGUUAAUUACUUGCUGUAAUACUAUAAAAGAUUAAAUUAAGUGUGAUAGUUUAUUUUGUUAUGGGUCUUGUAAGUGAAUUAA